AAAGCAUGACAACGAAGUGUCGCGAAGAAAAAAACGCUACCUGCAGGAUAUAUAAAUUUUAUUUUUGAAAAUUCUUCCUAUUUUCUGCUAUUUAAACUAUUUAAUUUAUGUGUUAAUUUAUUGCUGAUAUGCCAUAGAAGUGAUAAAGUGCAUGAUCUUUAAAUAAAGUAUGAAUUUUGACGCAAUAUUGACAAUCAAGGUGAAACGCAGAGCGUCGCGAGAACAAAUGAGCAUUAUUUUUCUCACCAUUAACUGAAAAUCGUACUAAAUGCUGUGCAAAUUGCACAAUAUUGUGCUAAGAGUAUCUGUACAGUGAUUAGAGUGGAGAUACAGUGGAUAUUCUGGGUGUAAAGUGACUUAGCAUAAAAAAUAUUUUGACAUUUGAAAGCUUGGCAUCGCAGUUUCCCUCCAAAUCAUUCAGAAGCCAUCGCGGCAGCUUGUGGUAUUUUUUUUGGUGUGAAAAGCAAAAGAAAAGAGAAAUAGUUAAGAUGCCUCUAAUGAAAAGGAAGGAAUUUAAGCCAUUGCCUCCGCCAGAUGAUCUGAAAGACAAUGAGGAAGUUUUCUACUGUCCUAUCACGAAGGAGGUCUUCCGGAAGCAUGAGGACUACUUCGAACGGGUGAUGCUGAUAAAUUCCAUGUUGUGGACAUGCGCUCUUACAGGAAAGACCAGUCUUACCUACACCGAAGCACUGGAGAGUGAGCAAAAUGCACGUGAGACACUGUGCAAUUUCUCCAAACCUAUUAAAACAGCUGUGGUCAUCAUUUGCUCCUACACUCGCCGAAGUGGCAUGAUGGAUCUCAUUGAAGAACUCUAUUCUUACAUGAAAGAUCGAUAUUUCAAGGGUGAGGAAGUGAUUUACUGUGCAAAAGGUGAGACCGAGAUGUAUGGAAAGAUAUUGGGCUUCGUCAAAGACAGUACAAAUUGUGCAGAAAUUGAGUACAAAGUACAACUGUUCAGGAAGAAGGAAACCAAAUCUAUCCAGGGUAAAGAUCUACGGAGACACAAGACAAGGCUCACACGGGAAAAAUUGAAGUUUUUCUUGAAGGACAACACAGAAAUGUUGAAAGGGGCUCUGGUCAUCAAAGGGCCCAUCCUGAAGAAGUACACCAAUAAUUCCACGAUAAAAUUUGAAAAUAUUCACAUUGGCAAACCACCAGUUUUUGAGACAUCCAGCAGAGUGUUGCUGGCGGAGAAGCAGCCCAAGAAGCAGGCACAAAUUUCCAAGUAUUUCGCCAAAGAUGGUGGUCGAAAGAAUGCAGCCAAACUCGAAGCAUCCAAUAAGGAGAUUGAAGAGAUUAAUCGACAGGCAGCCGAGAAGUUGGCAGAAAUGCAGGCAGAGGAGCAAAAGAGGCUGGCCGAAGAACGGGAGAAGCAGAGGCAGGAACUCAAUGCUAUGGUGCAGAGCACUGCAAGGGCUAUGAAUGCAAUCAAUGAGGAUUUGUUGCUGCAGGAUCAGAAAGUUCUGCCAUCACCAAAAUCCAUGGAACUUCUCGUGCCCAAGCGCUUCUAUGGCGAUUUUCUCAUGGUGCUGGAAUUUAUACACUCAUUCUCCGAAGUGCUUCAGAUUAGAGACAAAUUUCCAAAAGGCGUCACUAUUCCCAUCCUGCAGAGGGCUUUUCUCACACGUGACGUUGCUGGGCCACUCAGUGACAUUGUUCAGGUUCUCCUGGCCACGAUAUUCUCCCUCCAGAUGGAAGAGCAGAGCGAAGUAGUGAUUCGCUACAGGAAUGUGUCCAAGUCCAUGCUAUCUAGAGCCACGGACCCAAUUGAAUUUGCCGAACUUCAUGCCUGUCGAGCCAUGAAAUAUUCUAAGAAGUACUUCAGCAAUGAAAUGGCAGAUUUACCCAUGGAUGCAACAACGGUGAGUGAAAUCUUGAGGCUACAUAUUCUAAGCUCGGGAGCUCAGUUGAGGGACGAUCAGGCGGUAAAGUGGAGAUUUCAAACUCGGGGUGGCUAUCGCAAUACGGAUGAUCCGGGUUUGCUCCUUCGACUUCGAUAUGCUCACAUAAUCCGUGCAUUAUCUGAUCGGACAAUAUAUGAGCUACCGCUUGGGGAUAUAUUCAAGAUUCUCGAUUGUCUCAUCAGUCAAAUAAUGACGUAUUCAUCUGUGCGGGACAUCAUUGAUGAUCGUAUAGAAAAAGCUACAAAAUCCAGAAUGACCAUGAAGGCAAUAACAUAUGCUGAGAGACGGAGAUUAGCCCGAUGUGAGACGGAGAAGAAAGAUUUGCGUGAAGAGGCGAUGAAGCAAAAAGAGGCAAUUGUGGUGCCAGAGGGUGAGACGGAGCUGAAGGCGAUCAAAGAGAAAGAAAUUGAUGAUGUUCUACAGAAGAAACUGGAUAAAGUUGAGGCAGAUUCUGCCAGAGCUAAGAAGCAAUUUAUGGUGGAACUUGAGAAGAACAAAUCUCAGUGCUUUGACUAUCAGCUCUAUUUAGGAUCGGAUCGAGCUCAUAGGAAAUAUUGGCUAUUUAAUUCCCUUCCGGGACUCUUUGUGGAGCACAGUGAGGAGGAUCUGGGAUCGUGUUUUGAUGAAGUAACCAAAAACAUUCCCGAAUUGGUCAAUUGUCCCUCAGAUCAACGAUACAGGGUGAUCAAGCAAUUGGUAACGGCUCAGAUGAAGAUGAACGAAAAGGAAAAUAACAGGGUUAAUGGAAGCAAAGUUCAGCCUCCAAUCACCAGUUUCAACAAUCUCAAUAAGGAUUCGGGUGUCUCACAGAGAGAUUUGUGGAUGUGUACAGCUAAGGCUGAAACGUGUCCUGUACACAAUCAGCGUUUUCCGGAUAAGGUCCAAUGGAGUUAUUUCCAUACAUCUGAAGAGAUUGAUGCUCUGACAACAGCACUCAAUCCUCGUGGUUUCCGGGAGAAGCCCCUAAGGGAGCAAUUUGAGUUGGAACGUGAGUUGAUUGUGGCACAUGUAAUUACGUGUCCGCAUGAUUUGCUUCAGGUGAAUUAUGCUGAUAAAGAUAAAAUCCUAGCGUCGUAUGUGUCAGAUCAGAAGCGCUAUGAAUCGGCAAAUUUCCAGAAAGAAGGCGAUAUUAACAACAUCAUGAGCUCAGUUCUCUGUGACUACAUCCUGGAUCUGGAGUGGAAAAUUUCAGAAGGAUAUCUUGGGGUUCAAAAGGGACCCAAUAGGCAAUUGUGGAGAGAUGCAGUGGCCAGUUUUGACUACAAAUUACUCAAGAAUGGCAUUCAGAUUGCACCGCAGCCAAAAAAAUCGAAAUCAAAGGAUGAUAAGAAGGACAAGGAAAAAGAAAAGGAUAAAGAUAAGGAUAAAGAGGACAAUGAUGAAGAGGAGGAUCUCAGUGAUUAUGAGGAUCCAGGCACAGAUAUGCCAGAUUCCCUGGCGGUAGAAUCUGAAGACAGUUCCGAUGAAGCUUUUCCUCUUUAUGAUUCACACGAGGAGAAGAAGAAAGUACACUUCCUGGCCACAGCUCUAAUUCAGGUGAAGCGUACAAUUGACACUAAGUACUUGAAAUGGCCAUAUGGUGUGGCCAAGGAGAAGCCUAAAUUUGUUGCUGCGAAGCUGCCUCAGACCGUGAAAAAUCUGCAUAAUUGGGAAACUGCACUUGCUCAGGCCACCAAUUACUCACAGGUCUUUUUGCACUACAAUAUCCUCUAUGAUUCAAUUUUGUGGUCCGUAUCAGCAUCGCAUGCAGCAUGUCAGAUCUGUCGUCGAAAGAGUGAUCCUGAGAAGAUGCUCCUGUGCGAUGAAUGCAACAGUGGAUGUCACAUGUUCUGCCUCAAACCACCACUAACGAAAGUUCCAGAAGGCGAUUGGUUUUGCACGAAGUGCAAGAAACCCGAAACACCGGUGAAAAAGAAGAAUAGGAAAAUCUUCAAGGAAGAAUCCAGCGAAGAGGAGGACAAUACUCAAGAUGAUAGUGAGGAAGAUAAUGAGGAAGAUGAAGAUGAUGAUGGCGAUGAUGAAGAGUCAGAGGGAAAAAAAGCAAGCAGUAAAAAGAAAUCUAAAUCACGUUUUUGGAAUUUUAGCGAAUCCAGCGAAGAUGAAUGUGAUGCAUGCCAGUAUAAAUCAGGGAAAAAGAUCAAGUGCUUGAAUUGUCCCACCUCUCGUCAUGCGAAGUGCGUUGAUAAGAAUGAUUGGGUGAAGAUUGGGAAAACGUGGGAGUGUUGUGACUGCAAAAAUGAUGCAAAUUAUAGCCAAGAGAUCAAAAUUAAAGCGUCGAAGUCAAAGAGGCAUGAGGCCACAAAGAACGUAAAGGCAAAUGAUACAUCCGGAAACUCUAAGAAAAAUACCUCAACUGGUUCCAGGAGGAAGACUGCGAUAAAAUUGAGAAAUAUUCAGCCAGAUUCUGAGUCACAAGAUGAAGAUGAAGGGGCAGCAGCAUCUAAGCAAAAGUCUCAUGUUGGUUCCAGAAGGAAGGCAUCAAUCAAACUCAAGAAUGUUCAAAGUGAUUCAGAGUCACAAGAUGAAGGAGAGGAAGAAGAUGUGGCACCACCUCCGGCAAAGAAACGCAAACAGGAUGCAACACCAAGGCGUUCCCUGAGAUCCCAAGAUGAUUCAAAGCAAGAUACACCGUCCGAGAGGAAUGCGAAAAAACUAAGAAGGUCAGAAAAUUUACCUCUAGAUAGUGUUGCUCUCUAUGCUUUGCUCGAUGCAAUAGCCAAACAUCCGGAUUCGUGGCCAUUCAAUCGCCCAGUAGCCAAAGUUGAAGUGCCUGACUACUAUGAUAUCAUCAAGAAUCCCAUGGACUUUGCUAAGAUCAAGUCCAAGCUCAACUGUGGAGAUUAUGCCACCAAUGAGAUGCUAAUUAGAGAUAUUGAGCAGGUAUUUCAGAACUGCGAUGCCUACAACAAUAGCGAUUCGAAGAUUUACCAAUCCGGAAUUAAGUUGGAACGUUUCGUGAUGGAGAAGUGUGCAGAACUCAAAUUUAACUUUAAGCACAGUGACAUGAUAUCCGAUGAUGAGAAUGAGGUGACUGUUAUUGAGAGAAACAGAUCCAGUCGCAGUAGGAAGAAGUAGUGGACUUUAGCGAAUUUCUUUUUUCCGGAAAGCCCGAAACAAAAAACUUUGUGUAUUAAUCCUAGACAAAUUAAAUUUCAAUAUUUCAUAGUA